UCAUAGGCGGCGGCGGCUCGCGCUCCUGGCUUGCCAGUCCGUCAGUCGGAGCUGGGCGCUCGCGAAGGGAGGAGCUGCUGUGAGGCCCGAAAGCGAGCGCCUCCUCCCGACCUCCCCCCCGCCUCCGCCCUGCCGAGCCCCGAGGAUGAUAAACACCCAGGACAGUAGUAUUUUGCCUUUGAGUAACUGCCCCCAACUACAGUGCUGUAGGCACAUUGUCCCAGGGCCUCUGUGGUGCUCCGAUGCCCCUCACCCACUGUCGAAGAUCCCCGGUGGGCGAGGGGUUGGCAGGGAUCCUUCUCUCUCAGCUUUGAUAUAUAAGGAUGAGAAGCUCACUGUUAACCAAGAUCUUCCAGUGCACGAUGGGAAACCACACAUUGUCCACUUCCAGUACAAAGUUACGGAAGUAAAGGUCUCCUCCUGGGAUGCAGUGCUAUCCAAUCAGAGUCUUUUUGUGGAAAUCCCUGAUGGCAUAUUAGCUGAUGGGAGUAAAGAAGGAUUAUUAGCACUGUUGGAAUUUGCUGAAGAAAAAAUGAAAGCAAGUUAUGUCUUUAUUUGCUUCCGAAAAAGCAGAGAAGACAGAGCUGCAUUACUGAAGACAUUCAGUUUUUUGGGCUUUGAAAUUGUGAGGCCUGGCCAUCCCUGUGUCCCAUCACGACCAGAUGUGUUGUUCAUGGUAUACCCCCUGGAUCAGGUCUCUUCUGAUGAUGAUUAGACCCAGUGCAGCACUUCAGUGGGACCCGAACAUGCUUCAAAGACGAGAGGGGGCUAAAACUCCUCUUCGGAGGAAAGGAAAAACAAAAUUCUUCUGGACUGAAACUGCAUUUCUUAUUGUUAGAGUGACCUGUAUAUCUUCUGAGUUGACUUUUCCAUUGAAAUGUGUUACCUAGUGAAUAAUA